AUGGUGGCACGCCAGCGCGAGCGCGAGGGUACCGUAGCACCCACGUUUGGGUUCUCAUUUGAUGCUGGGGCAAGCCACACUUGCAACUACCCCGUCAAGUCCGUGAAUCUCUCCAUCAUCCGCGGGGCAAUGGCCGCGCAUGACGUAGGACUGUUGGCGCCCUUCGCACCCACGUUUGGCCAUGCAGUCAUUCGUGCACUGUUCGCCAAAAUCAGGGACAGCAAAGUGAUAGCUGGCCACCGCCGGGAAGCCUGUGCACGUGGCGCAGCACGCCUCGUGGGCGAAGGGGUGGGUGCAAUAGCCUGCGUUGAGGACAUCAGCACAUGUGGUGAUGUUUCCAAGCCCAAGAUUUUCCGCUGCAGCCUCGAGGGCGUUCUGCUCGGGCACGUGAUCGCAUCGGAGGUCACGUCGGACGACCUCUCGUUUGGCGACACCGCCAUCACCACUCUCUCCGGCCGGUCGCUCAUUGCUCGCAAGGAGCAUGCGGGUGCGUGCGUGAGCGACGGCGAAUGGUACAACCCGUGGCAGGGCAGCCACUUCUUUUGCUCCGCUUUCACGACGCAGCACCACUGCGAUUCGUUCGGCAGCAUGGAGGGGCACGAAGGAAGGACCGCUUCGCAGGCUUGCUGCACUUGCGGCGGAGGCAGCUACGCGGGCGCGGCGGUGACUGUGCGGGACAGCGCAGGGGGAUUGCUCGCGACGGUGACCACGGCCGACGUGCGCGCUAGCAACGGAGUCAUCCACGUCAUCGACACCGCCGCCGACCCGGCGCUCCUCGCGCAGCUGUCGGACCCCGACUCCACGCUGACGCUUUUCGCGCCGACUGACGCCGCCUUUGCGGCCCUUGGCGAUCUCACCGGCGUCCUCUCCGACCGCCCCCUUCUCACCUCUCUCCUCCGGAAGCACCUUCUUGGCUCCGUGGUGCCAGCGCAGACCGCUCUCUCGCUCUCCUCCGCCUCUGUGGCGACCCUGGCCGCCGAGGACGUCCUGGUCGACGGCUCGACCAGCUCCGUCCUCGUCUCGCCCACCGUUGUCGGUGGCGCCUCGACUGUGGUCACCGCAGACGUCCAGGCCUGCAACGGCGUGGUCCACGUCGUUGACGAAGCUCCCGCCUCUUCCUUCCCCGCCUCCUCCUUCUCGCUGUCGGUCGGCGGCGACGCUCGCCGGCAGCGCGCCCUGGACAGCCUCGACAUCGACGCCGUCGAGGAGGCAGUGCGCUCGUCCUUCGCCAAUAUCUUCGGCGGGUCGGCUCCCCCCUCCACUUGGCGGAUGCGCCUCGAGGACCGCGGUGGGCGCGAGGCCGAGGGAGGGCCGACCGCGGAGGAGGUGACGGCCGCCGCGAGGGAUCCAGCCUUCCUCGCAGGCGUGGAGGCCGAGCUGGGCGUCGAGGCGCAGACCGUAGCUAGCAAUCCGCCAUUUGAGCGGCACACCGACGCCGCCCUCGUCGCUGGCGCCGCCGGCGGCGCGGCUGGCGCGCUGCUCGUCGUGCUCGUCAUGGUGACGUUCGCGGCGGUAAAGGUGUGA